CGUUUCAUUUCUCGUUGCAUGAACAAGCAAUAUUGGGUCGGAUCAGAUUCAUCAGGACAAUAUAUGGUCGCCGCCGAAAGAGGGCUUGCCGCGACGCUUUACACGAGAGUGCAAUCCAGCAGGCAGCAAGCUGAGGGCGUUCGCUUCCCCCGGAGAGAUUCUACAAGAUAUCGCUGCUUGCUGGGUGGCCUUUUGUGUCUUCGGAUCCUUCUUUCAACAUGCCACGGUAUUAUUGUGACUAUUGCGAUACAUACCUGACACAUGACUCGCCAUCUGUUAGAAAGCAACACAAUGCAGGAUACAAGCACAAGGCAAAUGUGCGCUCCUAUUAUCAACAAUUUGAAGAGCAGCAAACACAAAGCUUAAUUGAUCAAAAGGUGAAACAGCAUCUUGUGGGGCAGACCACAUAUCAGCAGCAAGUCGGUGUAGCUUUUAACCAGCAUCUUGUUUCUCUCCCUUCAGCACUACCCAGACCUCGCCUUCCUGUCCUUCCACCUCCUGUCAUGCCAGUCGGCGCACCUUCGCAAGCCCAUCCAAAUGCACCUUUGAUGCCAGGAAUUCAUCCUCCAGUGUUUCCGCGUCCGGCUCCUGGUACACCAGGAUAUGCUAUGCCACCCGUUGUGAUGCCGCCUGGUGCAUCUUCUGUGUCACUGCAUCCUAAUGGUCUGCCCAUGCCACCGGCCUCUAACAUGCCCUCGUCAGUGCCAGGUGCACCAUUAGUACCUAGUAAUGCUCCUCCUGGAAGUAACCCUGGAGGCUAUCUAGGGAAUCCAACCACGAUAGGCUCAGCAUAGAGUGGAACUCCUACUAGCUUGUUGCAGACUGCUGCUGCUUCAUCUGUGUUGAGUCAUGUCCAUACUGCUGCGCCACAGGACAGGGAUUGCCAAGAGUGAGUCCUGAAGGGCUACUGCACCAGCUUCAGUUUCAUCACAGGAAGGUUAUGGGUAUAUGUCAAGCUUUUGAUGCCAGUCAGUGGAACCCAGCUUAUUAAAGGUGAAACUUGUUUUCUACAAGUUUUGCUUUUCCUUUUUUGUUCUGUUUUGAUUUUACAUGCCUUGCAAACGUUGGUUUUGGAAAAUUAAUGGUUGGGGGUGCCAGGAAAGCCUCUUCCAAGCCAGAUGUGAUUUAAGUAGGUUGAAAUAGUUAGCUAUGGCCUUGAUUCAGGAGGGCCUUGUGUGAAGAUGGCUAGCUCUUUUACAGCAUAAUCAUGACAUCAGAUGGGUCUAGCUUGUGGAGAACAACCACUGUAAUUCAGCUGUUUGGGUUGAUGUCCAAAAACAAAAGAAAUUGAGACCCUGUUACUGAAUUAGCCAGUUAUUUAUAUUGUUGCAGGCAUUUAAUUUAUUCGCGUCAUGC